AUGGGCCAGGAGGGGAGGGUCAUUGGAGGUCGGUUUGUCCUCACAAAGAUGUUGGGCAGCGGCUCCUUCGGCCAGAUUUACAUCGCCAAGGACACUGAGGUGUGUGACCGGGACGUGGCGCUGAAGCUGGAAGUGAAGGAGACGAAGCACCCGCAACUCAUCUACGAGGCGAAGCUGUUGAAGCUCCUGCAAGGCUCGCCUGGAGUGGCGGAGGUGUACUAUUUUGGCAUGGAGACGGACUAUGCAGUCAUGGCCAUGGAGCUGAUGGGCCCAUCCUUGGAGGAUGUGUUCAACCUCUGCCGCCGGAAGCUGUCCCUGAAGUCCACCCUCAUGCUGGCAGACCAGCUGCUGCUGCGGAUUGAGUACUUCCACAGUCGCCACUACAUCCAUCGUGACAUCAAGCCAGACAACUUUCUGAUCGGCCGUGGGCAGAGGUCAAACAUCGUGUACAUCAUAGACUUUGGUUUGGCCAAGAAGUACCGGAAUCCAGAGACGUUGGUCCAUGGGCCCUACCGGGAGAACAAGAAUCUCACGGGCACAGCGCGGUACGCGUCCUUGAACGCCCACCUGGGCCUGGAGCAGAGCCGGCGCGAUGACCUGGAGGCCAUCGGCUUUGUCCUGGUGUACUUCUUGAAGGGCUCUCUGCCAUGGCAGGGCAUCAAGGCGGAUGGCAAGGUGGACAAGUAUGCCGCCAUCAUGGAGAAGAAGAUCAGCAUGAGCUUCACGGAGCUCUGCGAGGGCCUGCCAGAGGAGUUCGCAACGUUCCUUGCGUAUACGCGGAAUCUGGAGUUUGCCGAGGAGCCAGACUACAGAUACAUGCGCUGGCUCUUCCAAAGUCUCUUCCUGCGCCAGGGCUUCCAGAACGAUGGUUGCUUUGAUUGGAACCUGGUGAAGAGCAGGCCAGCGGCACAAGUGGAGGAGCUUCGCGAGGCCCGGCUGCUGAGACAGCGGAACGCUGCAAUCAGCCAGCAGGCCUCAGACCGUGCGCCCGUGGAUGUGGUCCUUUCGAUUCGCUCUGGCUGA